CUUGUUCAUCAUCCAUCAUCAUCAUCAUCAUCAUCAUCAUCCACAUCACUCUCUUUACAAUCUUCAUUCAAUACUCGUGUCCAACUUUUGUCUUUGGUCGAAACCCCCUUGCCCCCCUUUCUAAACAAGCGUCGUCGUCCCGGGGUUGACUUGUGACCCUGUUCUAGUCCCGCCUCCCACCCAACACUUGACCACGACUCUUGAGCAUCGCUCUCUCACCCACCAUGUCGGGCGCUAGAUAUCAUCAAGCCCCCUACAGCGACAACAACAACAACAACUAUGGCAACAGCUAUUCCCCAAGCCCUCAGCCGUAUUCCGACGGCCAAGGCUACAGCGACAGCACCGCCGGGCUUCGGGGUAACGAGUACCCAAUGAACAGCGCCAACCCUUACGCUGCCAGCGCAUCUCACCCCCAGCGCGCACCCAAGAAGCGCAAGCUUCUCUGGUGGAUUGUCGGCGCCAUCAUCCUCGUCUGUAUCAUUGUCGGCGCUGUCCUAGGCGGUGUUCUCGGCAGCCGCGCCGGCAAGAACAACGACGGUAACAAGGGUUCCGCAAACGGCGGCGGUGCUGCUGCUACUGGCGCUCCUGGCACUGCGGGCAACACGGCUUUUGCUACCGGUACAAAGGGUGCCGAGGGCGGCAACACGGCUCUUCCCUCCAUGCUUUCGUACUGGGCCACCAACAUGGCCGCUCAGACUGCCUCUGGCGUCAACGGCCAAGUCUACAUGGCUGUCGCCACCGAUACUAACAUGCUUCCUGCCUACGUUACUGGUACCGCCACUGCUGGCUACUCUGCCCCGUCCAAGGACGCCCAGCCCGGUACGAACGGCGCGUGGCCUUCUGACAAUUCGUCGCCUUCGUCGUCCAGCCCCCGGUCUCACCCCCGUAUCAUCGCUCCCCAGUACAAGUGGGAUGCCCUCAACAAUGGCCUCAUCAACGGCGACCCCUACCUUUCCCACUGGCACAAGAUUAUCAUUGAGAACGCGACCGCCACGCUCAAUGAGCCCCCCACCCCGUACGUUCCCGAUGGCGGUCUCACCGGCUCUGGCGUCCUUGACGUUGCCCGCGAGGUCAAGGUCAAGAUCAAGAACCUUGCCUAUGCCUACCGUACCACUGGCGAGACCAAGUUUGUGGACCGCGCCUGGCUCGAGCUUCGCACCGCGUCCGGUAACAACCCCGACGUUUCGUUUGGCAACGGCACCUCGGCUUGGAACGGCGAGGGUCACUUUCUCGACCUCGCCGAGUUCACCUCGGCGUUCGCCAUUGGAUACGACUGGCUCUUCGAUGUCUGGACCGCUGAGCAAAAGUCGACCAUCCGCACCGCCAUCUUCACUAUGGGUCUGCAGUAUGGCGUCAACGCCCUUACCGGCACCAACGGUGGUGGCGGCUACAACUGGUGGACUGGUGUCGACCCUGGCCUCAACACUCAGGUGAUUGAUGGCAACUGGAACUGUGUCAACAACGCUGGUCUCACUCUCGGAGCCCUGGCCGUCAUGGACGAGGACCAGAACGGCAUGGCUGCUGAGAUUCUUCGCCUCGCUGUUCCCGGUGCCCGGGCCAACUGCUUCCAGGGCGCCUACUCGGACGGCACUUGGGCUGAGACCCCCAACUACUGGUACUUUGGCACAACCGGCGCUGCUGAAAUGGUCUCUGCUCUCCAGACCGCCCUUGGUGGUGACAACGGUGUCUCGCUUGCCACCAGCAACCCCGGCUUCAACCUCACCUCUCUUGCUCACAUGUACGUUACUGGCAUGACCGCCAAGUUUGAGUACGGCGACCACGGACCCAACAAGUACUCGGCUACAGCCAACUCACUCUUCCUCUGGAGCCAGGUCUUCAGCGAGCCCCGCUACGCUCUUUACCAGCGCGACCAGUAUGAUGCCUCGGAGCCGUUCUCCAUGUUCUGGUACGACCCCACCGUGGAAGGUGCUUGGUGGGCCAACCUCCCUAUUGACCGUCACUUUGACGACAAGAAGGGCGAGUGGGCAGCCGCUCGGUCGUCGUGGAGCGACAACUCGGGCACAUACUGGGCUAUCAAGGCCGGAACCCUCCUUAACCACCAGACUCACGGCGACCUUGACCUCGGAACCUUUGUCCUUGAUGCCAUGGGUUACCGCUGGGCCGGUGAGCUUGGCUCGGACCAGUACCUUGGCACGGGCUACUUCUCGAGCGAGGCCCAGGACUCGCCUCGCUGGAACUACUACCGCAAGCGCACCGAGGGUCAGAACACUAUCGUCAUCGGCAACGCCAACCAGCUUGUGUCUGCCGCUGCUCCUCCCACUACUUAUGGAUCGUCGGGCACUGCCCAGGGUGUUGCUCCCUACCUUUCUCUGGACACUUCCGACACUGCCUUCUUCACCUUGGAUAUGUCGGCUGCUUAUGGCACUGGCGCCUCGGUCAAGCGCGGUAUCCGCUUCGUCAACGGUCGCAAGCAGAUCCUUCUCCAGGACGAGGUUACUGGCCCUUCGGGCUCUGGCAUCAUGUGGCGCAUGCACACCAACGCCACCGUUGAGACUCAGGGUACCUCGGCCACGCUCACCUCGCCUGACGGCAAGACCUGCAAGGUUGACAUUAUCAACGGCGAGGGCUCCUUCACGACCAUGCAGCCGGUCCGCCUUAGCGGCACUGCCCCUGCGGACGAGAUGCCCAACCCGGGCGUCACCGUUCUCGCCAUCAACAACGCCGCUGGCGGUUCGCUCAACGUUGACGUUCUCUUCACCCCUCAGUGGCCCGGCGAGAGCAACUAUGUCACUCCCAGCCAUGUUGCUCUUGACUCGUGGUCGCUUACUUCGCACAACUAGGUCCAGUAGUUUUGAGUUGCAGUGAGGUGGGCGGUGUAUGACCUCGACGGUUUUGCCUGCUCCCUCUGUUUGCGCCCUGGGUAACGCGUGAUCCAAGUUGGACUUGUUAAAGAGUCCGGUGUCGGUUUACACUAGCUAGCUCCCUUCCUCCCGUCCCGUCCCCUCUUCCACUCCUCCUCGCCUCCCACUCCUGGCAAGUCAUCGGUCACUGUCACUUGGCGACUGGCGACAUGCUAGCGUUUACGAUCCUUUGGCACGAACAUUUGCCGAAUUGUAUGCAUGGACAGUUUACUGG